AUGAAGUUCGCUGCUUUCACCGCCCUCGCCGCCGUCUUCGGCUCUGCUGCUGCUGCCAACAAGGCCAAUGUCAUCAACGACUGCACCAACACCAUCUACGUCCAGUCCUUCCCCUACGGCGGCGGCGCUCCCGGUCCCUUGACUACCGUCAAGCCCGGCCAGCGAUUCUCCGAGGAUCUCCGUGCCUCUGGUUCUACCAUCAAGAUCGCUACCACCCGAACUCUCACCAAGCCUCUCUUCUUCGGCUACUCUUCCGAGUCUCAGCCCAACAACGUUUACUACGAGUUCAGCACUGAGUUCGGCAACCCCUUCGCUGACAAGCACAACAUCUUGAGCCCUGGUGAAGGUUGCGAGAAGUUCGACUGCAAGGCCAACGAUGCCAAGUGCUACAGCACCCCCAGCAUGAAGAAGGUAUACGGCUGCUCCAGCCCCGUCAACCUGUACGCCAAGGUCUGCGCCAAGUAA